CAACCUACAUUUGCCACUCUAUCUAACACCAGCACUCUCAAGUCUCAGCGUACCAAGAGAUCAAGAGAAACAUGGAGGGGAUGGAAGAUGAGUCCAAGAAGAAGAAGAGGAGGAGCAAGAAGCGCGCAAGGCUCAAGUCAUUCCUCCACUUCCCCAAGGCCCUCAAGAAGCUCCAUGGCCAUGGCCGUCCGAGCGCCAACCACAACCCAUCCCCUUCCCCCUCCGCCGCCGCCGCCGCUGGCUCGUUGCUCUCCGCGUGCAUGCACCCCCGGACCAACUCCUUCUCCGGCGUCCGCCAACGCCACGUCGCCGCCCGUAACCGCGACGACGACGACGACGAUGAAGACGGCGCUCUUGCCGUCAACUUCCGGUCUCUCAGAGUCGGCCCGACCGCCGUUCGUGACGACGACGACGACGGCGACGAUGAGGACGGCUCGUCGACGCAGGAGGAUGACGGUGGCUCUGAGAGCGAGGGGGGCGGCGUCUUGGCCGGGAUGGCUGCCAUGAAGGUGGUCUCCGGCGGGGGCUGCGGCGUGGCCGUGGUGACGCUCUCCGUCGCGCCGUACGAGGACUUCCGGCGGUCCAUGCGGGAGAUGGCGGACGCGCACGCGAGGGUGGAGGCCGCCCGCGUCGGCACGCGUCCGGCGCCGGCGGUGGACUGGGACUUCAUGGAGGAGCUGCUGUUCUGCUACCUCCAGCUCAACGACCGGGCGGUGCACAAGGACAUACUCCGGGCGUUCACCGACACCGUCGCCGCGCUCCGGAGGCGGCGCAGGGCACCGGCACUGAAGCCGAAGAGCAGGCGGACACGGCAGCCACGGAGGGGCGCCGGAGGAUCCGGCAUCGACGACGACGACGACGUCGACGAAGCGGUGGACUCGAACUCGUGAUCGUGUCGUGCGUACAUGCUGGCAAGCAUGUGUGUGUAAAUUUGGUAGGCACAGCAGCUCGCCGGCCGGCGCCGCCGCCGGUCAUACUGCCGUCGGGCGGCUGCACAUGGACUAACCGAUUAACUAACGUCCCCCACCCUCUGAUCUAACAUAAUGGUAUGUGUUUAAUACGCGCGGUUUAUUACGAGUUUGUUUCAGCCUUUCAGAACGUUUUUCACUCCAUGUGGACUGAUGUGUCAAGUUGAG